AUGUGACUUUCUCCUUCUUUAAUUUUAAUAUUUAUGAGAAUUUUUUCAAGUAUCUUUUUGGUGAUGUCCUCUCCUUCUUUUUUAAUUUCGUGAGUUGGUUUGGAGCUCAACACUUUGGUAUUUUUGCCUAUUAUGUUAAAUAAGAAAUUAAGAAUUAUCAGUGAAGCCUCUGUCAAAUAUUUUUUGACUCAGACUUUGGCUUCAAUCUUAAUUAUUUUAAGAGCUUUUUUUUUCUUCUUUGAUUUUAUGAUUUUAGGUAAUCUUAUCUUGUUAUGUGGUUUAGCUAUUAAAUUAGGGGCUGCCCCUUUCCACAGUUGAAUACUCAGUGUGGCUGAGACUUUAAGAUGGUUAUGUUUAUUUAUUUUAUUAACUGUUCGGAAAAUUAAUCCUUUAUUGAUUUUAUGGGGAUUUAUUGAGUAUGACUUAGGAUUAAUAGAUACAUUAAUUAUUUUGUCCCUAUGUGUUGGGGGGUUACUAGGUUUAGUUCAGACUAGAACGCGCUUAUUAGUAACUUUUUCUUCAAUUAAUAAUUUAGGAUGACUUUUAGUUAGUUUGUCUUUUGAUUUAUGAUUAGGUGUAUUGUAUUUUUUUAUUUAUAUAGUUGUUCUAUUACCUGUAAUUUUGAUUUUUGACACAUUUAAUAUUUCUCAUAUUAAUGAAUUUGUUUUAGUAAAUUUUAACUCUUCAAAGCAAAUUUUUAUAUUUUUAUCAAUUUUAUCAUUGGGGGGUCUUCCUCCUUUUUUGGGGUUUCUACCUAAAUGAUUAAUUUUACAAAAUACUAUUAGAGUUGGGUGAUAUUUCUUUAGAUUUUUUAUGAUUUUAGCCAGAUUAUUUACUCUAUUUUUUUAUUUGCGAAUAAUAUUCACAUCUUUUAUUAUAAAUAGAACAAAUUUAUUAUUUUUGAAUUUUACAUAUUCUUUAAAUAAUUUAAUUACAUUUACACUGUCUUUGUCUAUUUUUGGGUUAUUUUUGUUUUUAUUUAUUUAG